AAAUCCGAUUAUCUCGCAAAUCCGUGUCAUCAUCUUUAUCUAAUCAAUUUCUUAUCCAAAAUCAAUGUCACAUAUAUUUAUUCAUUUCAAAGUUUUUUUCGGAUUUCAAAAAUAAAUUUUUUUUGGUCUCUCUGUUUGACGGCAGUCUCCCAAUCUUCUUCUUCUUCUCUCAGUGAUGGACGAUUUCUCUCUCCCACAAGGCUCAUUUUCUCUUGGAUUCGAUAGCUCCACUCAGUCAAUGAAAGCAACCGUUUUGGAUGCAAGCUUAAACAUUGUAGCUCAGGAAAUUGUCAAUUUUGAUUCUGAAUUAUCGCAUUACAAGACUAAAGAUGGUGUUUAUCGAGACCCUAGUGUUAAUGGUAGAAUCGUUUCUCCCACCAUAAUGUGGGUGGAGGCAUUAGACCUAAUCCUUGAGAGGCUCCACAAAUCGGGGCUCGAUUUUGGGAAAAUCGUUGCUGUCUCCGGCAGUGGGCAGCAGCACGGCAGUGUGUAUUGGAAAACCGGAAGCUCGAGGGUGUUGUCAUCCCUGGACCCGAAAAAGCAAUUGGCGGAUCAGCUUGGUGACGCCUUCUCGGUGAAGGAGUCGCCUAUAUGGAUGGACAGUAGCACCACGGAGCAAUGUAGGGCCAUUGAGAAAGCUGUGGGUGGCGCCAUGGAGCUGUCGAGCCUCACUGGCUCGCGUGCUUAUGAGAGGUUCACCGGCCCACAGAUUAGGAGAAUAUUUGAGACGCAGCCUGAGGCUUAUAAGAGUACAGAGAGAAUCUCUUUGGUUAGCUCCUUCAUGGCUUCGCUUCUUAUUGGGAGCUAUGCUGCUAUCGAUCACACUGAUGGAGCUGGGAUGAAUUUGAUGGACAUUAAGGAGAGAGCUUGGUCGAAGAAAAUUUUGGAGGCCACAGCACCGAGUUUGGAGGAAAAACUAGGGAAGUUGGCGCCUGCAUACGAUGUUGCUGGUCAAAUCGCUUCUUACUUUGUGGAGAGGUAUCAUUUCGACAAAAACUGUCUAGUCAUUCAGUGGUCUGGUGAUAAUCCUAACAGCCUAGCAGGUUUGACUCUCAACAGUCCUGGGGAUUUGGCAAUCAGUCUUGGCACCAGUGACACUGUUUUUGCCAUUACUAACGAGCACAAGGCAUGCUUAGAAGGCCACGUUUUUCCUAAUCCAGUGGAUACAAAAGGCUACAUGGUUAUGCUAUGCUAUAAGAAUGGCUCCUUGACCCGUGAAGAGAUAAGGAACAAGUGUGCGGAUAAAUCUUGGGAUGUUUUCAGCGAAUAUUUGCAGCGGACACAACCUCUAAAUGGUGGAAAGUUGGGAUUUUAUUACAAAGACCAUGAAAUUAUUCCCCCGUUACCAGUUGGGUUCCAUCGCUAUGUUCUUGAGAACUUCAAAGGAGAUACAUUAGACGGGGUGAAAGAAACUGAGGUUACGGAAUUUGAUGCUGCCUCUGAGGUUCGAGCAUUAGUUGAAGGUCAGUUCCUCUCUAUGAGAGCUCAUGCUGAGAGAUUCGGACUACCUUCACCUCCGAAAUGCAUAAUUGCAACUGGUGGAGCAUCGGCAAAUGACAGCAUUCUCAAGGAAGUAGCUUCAGUUUUCGGGUGCAACGUAUAUAAAAUCCAAAGCUCAGAUUCAGCUUCUAUGGGAGCUGCUUUAAGGGCUGCUCAUGGUUGGUUGUGCAGCAAGAAGGGCAGUUUUGUUCCGAUUUCGUCCAUGUAUUCGGGCAAGUUGGAAAAGACCUCUCUCAACUGCCAACUUGCCGUUGCUGCUGGUGGCCACGACCUCGUCUCCAAGUAUGGUUUGUUGAUGAAGAAGAGAGUAGAAAUCGAGAAUCACCUUGUGCAAAAGCUCGGGCGAUUGUGAAAGCGGGUCCGGUUUUUAAAACAUUGGAUUCACGUGAGUUAGUUAUAUGCUGGUUUCUCUUUUAAAACAUUGGGAUUUUGAUGAACUUUUUCCGAUAAUCCUACUUGUAUAUAUGCUGGUUUCUCUUUGUGAUUUAUUUCAGUAACAGAGAUUUUUUUUAUGAUGAUAUUAUUGUUACAGUUA